AUGGCAGAAAUCCCUACCACCUUGAAUAAAGAUGAGUUCAAGGACUUCUUUACACAAUUUGGAGAGGUCAAGGAAUACCAAAUCAUGCGGGACCAUUCUACUAAUCAAUCUCGUGGCUUUGGAUUUAUUGCCUUUGACGUAGACCAAACUGUUGAUGGUCUCUUGUCUAGUCAUGCCUAUUAUGCCAAACAAAUUUAUACUCAUGUUGUGAAGUUGGGAAUUCUUGGGAAUUCCAUUGUUUGCAAUGGCCUUCUUGCAAUUUAUACGGAAGGUAUGGCACCUCAGUUGUUUGAUGAAAUGCUUGAGAAAGUUGAAGAAAUAGCACUGAAGCUUGAUUGGGAUGGACUUCUUGUUAUUGGUGGUGAUGACUCUUAA